AUGUGACGCUUGUUGAUAACCAGGAAGACGCUGCUGCCACAGUGCUAGCAAGGAGGAGAGAAAUGGAGGAUAACUUCCAGCUCGGAGAGGCUGGAGCGGUAAAAAAUGUUGCAAAGUCUGGACGGAGAGCUCGCCUUGCAACAGACCAAUCAUCAUUUGAGGAUUCUCGUUAUGUGAGGAAGUCUUCCACAUCUGCUUCAAUGGCCGAAGGCCCUCCUCCUAAACCGGCCCGGCGGCAGGGUGGCUGGGCAGAAGAAAGCUCUGGCUCUGGUUCUGCCAAAUCAUCAAGAAGACCUGCAGCUGAAGACCUGGAAGACCGCCGCCUGCGACCACAAACUCCCCAGGGAUCAGAUGAUGAAGGAGAUAUUCCAGUGAUUCCAGACCUCGAAGAAGUACAGGAAGAAGAUCUCACCAUGCAAAUUGCAGCUCCACCAAGCAUCCAGGUGAACCGGGUAAUGACCUACAGAGAUCUGGACAAUGAUCUGAAGUAUUAUUCUGCGUUCCAGACCUUAGAUGGAGAGAUUGACUUGAAGCUCCUCACCAAGGUUUUAGCGCCAGAGCAGGAGGUGAAAGAGGAUGAUGUGAGCUGGGACUGGGAUCAUCUGUUUACAGAGGUGUCCUCAGAGCUGCUGAUGGAAUGGGAUCAAGGAGAGAGUGAGGAGCAGGCCGCGCUGCCUGUAACAUGAGGAGGAGGUUUGGACUGGGAUUUUAAAUGGCUCCAGUGGGAGCUGGGUGAAUGUCCAUUACACAGAAGGGCCAGUGACUUUGGUUAUCAUAACUUUAAUUACUGUUUGUUAUCCAGAAGUUAUAUUUUGUAAAGUGUACAUAAAGUGUAUUUUAUAAAUAAAGUUCACCGUGCAGCAAACAGCGCAGUGAUGUCUUACCCUGUCUUUGUUUAGGUUUGCGAAAUUUCACCCUCUUUGUUUGUUAGUUUCUAACUUAAACAGCCAAAAGGCAAACUGAUUUUGUUUGAAAAGCUCCUCUGAAAAAAGCUGUCACAGAUAAAAAUGCCCUCCCUGCUCGGCCAGCAUUAUCAACACCCUCAUACAAGUCCAAGGUUGAUAAUCAGCUAAGCUGAAAUCCAGUUGAUUGUGUUCAAAUUAACAUUCCUCAUUAAA